AUGGGCCUUGUCGACUACGACUCCGACGGAUCGGGGUCCUCGGACGGAGAGGCUGCCGCAGCGCCAACAAAGUCGACGACGGCAAGCGGCGGCAAGAAACCGUUCCAGAAGCUCGUCGACCGCGCCAACUCGGGCAAGAUCCUGGUGAACCUACCAUCGACAGCCGCUCCCAAGGGCGGCGAUGCACAAGACAGUGACGACGUCGAUGACCGGCCGGCAAAACGCGCCAAAGUCGGUGCUGGCGGCAGCCGAUUCAGCGGCUUCGGCUCGUUUCUACCACCACCCAAGAAGACAGGUGCUGUUGCUACACCUGCAGCGACAGCGUCCAAGCCAGAGUCUUCCUCGGCCGCCUCUCCACCCUCCUCUUCCUCCUCCUCCUCCCUCUCUUCAACUGCAAGGCCGGGCGUCCACCUCAAGACGAGCUCCGAGGCAGCAUUCAAACGACGCGACAACCGCGACGGAGAUGCCUUUCCCAUCAACGGUGACAAUACACCGGCAGCGGUAACAAGCGACACUUCCUCUCUAUCUUCUAAAAUGUCUCUGCCGCCACCAAAGGCGCCCUCGAUACCCAAGGACCAAAAGGCGGCCGAAGAUGUUAAGCUUGUGGGCAACCCGCUCAUGUUUAUGCCACUAUCGGUGUCACGCAAGCCCGGCGCCAAGAAUAAGAAGAAGCCGGCCGUGGCCGUUGGCGGCGGGAGGGCACCAACGUCAACGGGAUUGACAAGGCACGUGUCCGUAGACGGAACCGCCAGCAGCAAUACAGCACCAGCAGAAGCACCGCCGCCAAAGAAGAAGGUCUCGCUCUUCUCCCUGGGCGCCGACGAUCAAGCCGAGGCGGAACGGGCGUCGGCAGCAGAGCGGGCAGCCGAAGAGGCGGCCGCAGCAGCCGAAGAGGCACCAACAGACGACUACGCAAGCACGUACCAAGUAGCGCCACCCGCGGGCUACGGCUAUGACUACAGUGGUCACGACCCGUCGGCAGCCGCGGCAGGGACAACAGGCAACCCAGCCGAUACAUCCUCCGUCAAUGCGUUUGCCAAUGACAUGCACUUGUCGGCCAAGGAGCGGCGCGAGCUGUUUGGCCGCACUGGGGCUGCGGCGGCGUCCGCACAGAUUGCCGCGACGUUUAACAUGGACCAUGAGUACCGGCACAAUGAGGCGCUGCGACAGGCCGAAGAAGGCACCGGUGGUGGCCAGCAGCAGUCGCACAACCCUGUGCGUACUCUGAUGCCCGGCAAACACAGCUUGCGGCAGUUGGUGAACCAGGUGCAUUCGCAACAGGAUGCGCUCGAGGAGACGUUUGCCAAGAACCGGCAAACGCAGCGCGAGUCCGGCGGCAAGUACGGAUGGCGGUAG